AUGGGCGCUGAUUCACUCGUUAAGUUCGCUGUGAGACCGGACGGUCGAAUUAUCACUCACGAGCCUACCCUCACACUCCAAUACGACAAAUGGGCCGAAGAAAUGCAAACACUGAGCGUGCCCGGUGAACACCUUCCUCGAUAUGCGAUUAAGCGACUCACCAAGUGUGGCGGUGCUCGGGGACACAAGUUCGAAGUAUACUCCACCACCGACAAAGUACAGCGAAUCGCUUGCAUCAAACAACAAUCUAUGCCACCCAGAAUCCAAAUCAACCUGACCCAAGCCGAUUAUAAACUCAAAAUAAAAACACACGACUCCUCGCGGCAAUACGAUGCUGCGGGCGGUCUCGGACGCUUAUACUGGAAGAGUACGAGCACGAAAGCUUGUUGGAAACUCAAGAACAACAAGGGUCUUGUUUUAUUAGUAACAAUCGACGAGAGUAAAACCAAUGGAAUUAUCAGCAUUUACAAAAAACAUCUAGAAAAUGAGGUAAUUGAAGAAUUACUGGCUGUCGCCGUGGCUCAAAUUGAGGAUUACAACAGGAUAACCAGGGCGUCUGAAAGGAGUGCUGGGAGGGCUCCAUGA